CCAUAACCUGUUCCAAGCAACUACGAAGCAUACGCCGAACUCCAUUGGAAUUGGCAUACAUUAAAGAAAGCUUUCGAAAUAAAAGUAUAUCGAUUGCUAGAGCUUUCUUAACCAGAAAAGGAUUCUGUACACUAACGACAAAAGCGCUGUGAAAGCGUUUGGGUAUUCGGAAACAAAUCACUUCUGAUCGUCUCUAAAUACUUGACCUUUAGACUGGAUUUCGAAUUUUUUGUCAUAGUUUUUUCUUGAAUUUUUUUUUUUCUUUCCAUUCACCCAACUUGAUGUGGCAUUGGUUUCUGGUUACCCCUUUUGCAUAAACAUCGAUUGUAUUGGUUUCUUUCAUCUUUGCUCAAUUAUUACAUCUAGAGAUUGGUCGGUACUUCUUGGAUAAUAAAACACCUUGGAAAUUUUACAAUAUGGUUAGCUUUCGUCGUGUCCGCUGGUCGAACUUGUUAGAGCGACUUUUUCUCCCAAGGUCUUUUUUUGGCUUGUGUAGUCUUCGUGUUGGCUGCGAGGUAAUUGUUUGGUUUGCUCUCAUAAACAAAUUAUCUGGUCUUUAUGGAAUUGUAUCUAUAUUUCAAAGUUCUGCCGUUUCUGCUUGGCAGAUCUUCAUGUACAUGACUUCAAUCUUCACCUUGGUCCUCUUUUCUUGGUUAGCCGUUUACAUUCCAAAGGACAGCGUACCACACGCCCUUAUAUUGUUUUAUUCCUAUGCCAUUGACUUUUUCCUGAAUGUCGUCUUCACUGUCCUGUUUGCAUUGAGUUGGUUUGCCAAAGUACUGACUUCUUCUCAAUCUGCUCAAGGUGUGCCUGAAUCCGAACGACCUACGAGUCUUUGGGCUGUGUUUUUUGAAGCGGAAUCUAUUCCUUCUUUAUUAUUACUCAUCUUUUUUACUUCCUUAAAGAUGUACUUUACUUUAAUCACCCUUUCCUACUCUAAUAAAUUAAUCGUCGACUCUGGAAUCCGUCCUCAAUCCCUCCCAAGCUCUUUCAUGGGUCAUCUAACCCGGAUUUUAAUGAAACCUUACAUUUUUGCUGCUAACCGCACCUACCUGAGGAAUCAUGCUAAACGCUUCCUAGAAAAUAUCGAGCUUCAACAACGUCUGAUGGAUGAAGUUGUUUAGAAUAAAAAUAAUCACAGUGUCUACUUUUAAUAUACAUGCGUACUUACAUUUUUUUUGUUUUUUUUCAUUGUCUGUCUCUUCUGUCUGUUUAUUGUUCUCUACGAUCUUUCAUUACCAUGUCUAUUCGUUUUUUUUUAUUUUACUUUAACUCCCAACAUUUGUAUCAUUGCAGGUGUUGAAGUUUUUCACUAUAAUUCGCCAAGGAAUGGAUUUUUUGAAUUUGAUGCACGAAUAGAGAAUACAUACGCCAAUGCUAAUAGCAAUACACAAUUGAACCCAUUGAGUAUAGUUGAAUAUAAUAUACAAAAAUGAUGUAUUAACCUAUGUAUCCAC